AUGGGCAAUGUCCCUAGCCAUAUGAUACCAUGCUUAACCAUUCAACAUUUGGUAAUGACACUAACGUCUAUUAAAUUAACACUCAUUAUUUUAAAAAAUAUGCCAAAUUUAUUGAGAUUAAACGUACAAAUUGGAUAUAACUAUGGUUUCACAGAAGCUCAAUCAUGGAAUAUAUCAGAGUCACACAUAUUAAAACAUUUAGAAAUACACUUGAAAAACAUUACAUGUGAUUCUGAAUUUAUAGUGUAUUCAACGCAAUAUUUAGAACAAUUAGAAUAUUUAACAUUAAUAAUUGAUCAUACUGCUGAAAAAGAUCUCGAAUAUUUUGAUGAAAACAAUGGGAAAAUGUAUGCUCAGCAAGAUUAA